AUGGGGGCCCCAGGAGAAACUGGGGCAGGGGACAAGAAGGGACAAGGAGAUGGGGGGAUCUUACACCUCUUACACACAGGGCUGGAGGGGGACAGAAGACCCUCCCGUGGCCCAUCCCCGGGGCUGAGGGGACACGGGGGCCACCCCCUGGCCCGUCCCGGGGCUGAGGGGACACGGGGGCCACCCCCUGGCCCGUCCCCGGGGCUGAGGGGACACGGGGGCCACCCCCUGGCCCGUCCCCGGGGCUGA